AUGAGGGUCCUGCUCUCAAUCCUGGGGGUCCUCACCUUGUUAUCCAUAGUUCCUCUAGCCAGGAGCUCCCUGGAGAAUCAGGAGUGUUUUUCAGAGCACCUCCACUGCAGGAUGAAAUGCAAGGCUAGCGAAUACGCCAUCAGAUACUGUGAGGACUGGUCCAUCUGCUGUCGGGUGAAGAAGAAGGAAGUCAAGAAGAAGAAGAUGUGGUAA